AUGCCCGACUUCAAGAAACUCGCCCGCAUCUUCUCGCCCCGUGCCACCGAAAUAGAAGACAACGACGGCCCCUCCCGCUUUCUCCCCCUCCCCUCCGUCACCCCAACCACCUUCUCCUCCUCCUACUCCCUACUGCGCCGGUUGAAAGAAGGCGAAAGCGGUGACAUUUCCCUCUACACGCACCAAACGAGCCUUCAAUCCAUCGUUGUGAAGCCCGUCAAGAGCGUCCACCCCAAACAGCCCCUUGAAUACUCGAUCCUAGAGAUUUGCAAACAUUGCACCAACAUCGUCACCGUUCUCGGCCUCUGCGCGAACGUUCCGAACUCAAACACCGAUGCAAUCCUUCUAGAGUACUGCAAGCACGGCGACUUGUUGGAGUACCAGAACCUCUUCGUCGACAACAGCGUCUACCCGACAGAGCGCACGAUGAGGGUGGUCUUUCGGCAGCUUUUGCAGGCACUCGCGUUCCUACAUAACGGGGUGGGCAGCGGGACAGAUACGACGAGGUGGAAGCCGAUCGUUCAUCGUGACAUCAGGCUCGAAAAUGUGCUAGUUUCCAAGCUGGAUGAAGGGGCGGAGGGCUCGUUGCGGGACAUCGUGGAGAUUAAGCUCACCGACUUCGACCUCGCCAAAAGAUAUAACAAGAAGGAUUGCACCGUCCAGCGAGGUGCAGGCUCACCGGUGUGCUGGCCCCCAGAGCAGACGCUACAGAAGCGCCAGGCUAAGCCGCGUGGUGAUGUUUGGGCAGUUGGGGCCGUCAUACACGCACUCGUGCACUGCACGUACCCUCUGAAGGAUGUGGUGGAGUACAAUGAGCAGUUUUUGCGGAACUAUGCGGGGAGAUAUCCAGCUGAAAUUGGAGAGGAAGAGCGCGAUAACACCUUAAGGGAGAGGUGGUACUGGGAGGCACUGGUGCCGCGCGAAGUUACCCCCUUUAUGAACGCCAUAGAUGGGUACGAUGGGUCUGGAGCUCGCGUGGAUCGAAACCUGCCCCUUUGGCAACUAAGAGUGGCGGAAUAG